GGAGAAGCUCUGCCAAAGAAAAACUUCAAAAGGUGUUUUUUUUUCCCCAUAACCACAUCGCUUUAAACCGAGGUGUUCACAAUCACAGAGACGAAUGGCGCUUGACUUUGACGUAGACGACGGACCAAGCUUUGACGACCUUGUGCGCUCAAAGCGCGAUGACGUGCUGAAAGGUCGCAUGAUGUCCCAGUGCUGGACAGACCUUGCGGACCAACACCUUUUCUUCAAAGACAUCGCCAAGGAAGGACGUCUGCGUGGCGAGUCCGUAGGCGUCGUCCUGGCCGCCGUUGAAGGAAUCAGUCGUGUUAUUAUGCGAACAGAGUUGGUGAACACCCCGCAGGGCACCGCCCUCGAGAAUACGGCGACAGCGGCGACUGCCUCGUCGACGCUGCCGCCUGCGAAUACUGCCUCUGCUGCUAAUGCAGACAACGAGCUUCAUCACGCAGAAGUGCUGGUGCGCGUGGCGGAUGCGUAUCUAUGCCUAUACAGCUCAACCCCCGUGCCAACCCGCGCACAGUGGCAUCACUCCCUGCUGCCCGCUGUGCAAGGUACCGUGGUGUCGACGGACGACGCUGCGAACAUCGGUGCAGGGUCAAUCAGCAUGCAGGCGAGUGCUUCUCUCCCCACUCCUAUUUCUACCCAUACCAGUGCCCCGUCGCUUUCCCCCUCGUCUUCGUCUUCCUCCGUCGUGGGACGCUACUUGAGUAAACUGCGAGGAACUCUGCAGACUGUAACGCAACAGCUGGCCAACCCCAACAAAGGCGAUGACUCAGGGGGCGAAGACGGCAGCUUCGCAGAGGAGGAGCUGAAGGAGUUGGUGCGGUGCUGCGUGGCGUCUGGCCGACGAGCGGCGCGACACCCGGCGCUGUCCAAGACGGAGGGAAAGGCUGUGCGGGAGAUGGUGAAGGUCCUCCAGGAUUACGCAGGCAGCUCUACGUUGGAGUGGUGA